ACGAACAUCGGGCCGCUUUGAAGUUGCACUCAUACUCCCGCAAACCUAACGGAGCAUGUCAGGGAACACUCCCCCUACUGCAUCUCAUUCUCCUAGCGCUACUUCUCCUUCACAAACUCAGGAAAAUGCACCCAGUGGGGCCGAUGUUGAUCGUCUAGUUCUGCAAUAUCUGCGCGCAAAAGGACACAACGUUGCCGAAAAGGCCUUUCUGAGUGAGAUAGAAGGCUCCUCAUCCGAUGCUCAGAGUGCACGUCCAGAGACCAUCAAUGCAGAAGAAUUGGUGAAAACUUUGGCGGUAUUUACGCAAGAUUCUUCGCGCCCCGGGGAUAAUGCUCUCAAAGACUCUAGUACUGUUCUCUCGGAACUGAGCGCAAUAAAUCCACCUGCGCUUCAAACACUCAUUUCGAAUAUAUCGUCCGUUGGAUCUGAAGAAAUCUUGACAGAAAAUCCAUCAGACAAACCGGAAGGUUUUAGGGAACUAGUCGCUUGGGUUGAAGGUUCUUUGGACAUGUAUCGGCCAGAGUUUCGACCCAUCUUGUUUCCGAUCUUUUGCCAUUUCUAUCUAGAUCUAAUACAGGCAGGACGAAAGGAUGCUGCCCUCCAGUUUUUUGCAACCUUUUCACCUCAGCUCGAAGCCGCUCACUCUGCCACUCUGCAUCAUCUCUCUACCCUACUUUUACCAGCACACGUCCAAAAUGAUGAACUGGCCCAACGUUUUCGCGACGAGAAGUAUUUUAUCCGUAUCAGCCGAUCUGGCUUUGGCUUAUUAUUGGGCUGGUUGACGGAGGGUAUGGGAGGGGAGGCGAUGGGUGCUGGGCAUGGAUUCUAUGGAGAGAAAGGAAAACGAGGUCGUGUGGCGGUGAUGCAGGUUGUGAAUAAUCACCUACGCUUCGACGUAACCUCUUCAAACUCAGCAUCUCUGCCUCCUCAUACUUGGGAGGAGUCCACAGGGCUGACAUCCUCCUUGAUACCCCAUGUGAACGGUACACGUUCCAAGAUCUAUAACCCACAGGCUUUCAACCUUUCUAAGGGUGAACUUAAGCUUGGGCCAGCUCCCAUUCCUGAAGACCUUCGAACGGAAACGGAACGCGUCGCUCGUGAGAAGGCCGUGCUUGAAGGUCUUCCAUCGACACAGUACGAUAUAUCACUGGCUCGACCGCAAAUUCUUCCGGGCAUGGUCGCUCCCACAGAGUCGGAUAUGCUGCCCCUUCCACCCAACUUUAAAUCUGCUGACAUUGAACGUGAAGUCAACGCCAUUCGUGAUGCCAGAAAACGAAUACGGCUAGAUCCAACAACUCUACAUGGUCUCGAUCUCACCUCACCACAGGCUAGCUCUGUUCGCGCGCGAGCUCUGCCCAGUAUUUGCGCCUAUACCUUGCAUGACGUACCGGAAGGAGCUCCGUGUUGUACUUUCUCUCAAGAUAACUCUCUCAUGGCUGCAGGAUUCUCAGAGAGUUACAUCAGAUUAUGGAAUCUCAAAGGCGAAAAACUUCGAGGGAUGAGAAGUGAUUUUUCGGCUACUUCUAUCCGUGAUUCUGCAUCUCUGCGGAAAAUUAAAGAAAAGAAAGGCAGCUCUACAAGAAAACUCAUUGGCCACAGCGGCCCUGUUUACUCAGUCGAUUUUGAUCCCCUUAGUGGUUCAGCUGCACCACCGAAAUAUCUUCUCUCCGCCUCUGCAGAUGGUACCAGCAGAUUGUGGUCAAUGGACACCAUGACGAAUAUUGUCGCUUUUCGCGGACACGAAAAUCUGGUCUGGGACGUAAAAUGGAGUCCUCUUGGGACUUACUUUGCUACCGCAAGUCGAGAUCGGACAGCGAGACUCUGGUCCACUGAUCGUACCGACUGUUUGAGGAUAUAUGCUGGACAUCUGGGUGAUGUCGAUUGUGUUCAGUUUCACCCCAACUCUUUGUAUCUAGCUACUGGGUCGAGCGACUGGACAGCUCGUCUUUGGGAUGUCCAGAGAGGAUUGUGUGUGCGAGUGUUCCUCGGCCAUCAAGGUCCUGUUUCUACCCUAGCCAUCAGUCCUGAUGGACGUUAUUUAGCGAGUGCAGGGGAAGAUUUGGCCAUAAACCUUUGGGACAUUGGUUCUGGAAAACGUAUUAAGAAGAUGACUGGGCAUACCGCCUCUAUCUAUAGCCUUGCUUUCAGCGCAGAAUCAUCCCUUCUCCUUAGCGGGGGUGCCGAUUGGACCGUAAGGUGCUGGGAUGUUAAAGGCGCUGGUGGUACUCCCAAUAAACGUGACACUUCGACGGAUAGCAACAGCCCCGCUUCUCAAAAAGUUGAAGGAACUAUAGAAUCAACCUCUGACAUGAUUUCCACAUUCCCCACCAAGAGAACGCCAAUCAUCAACGUUCAGUUCACUCCAAGAAAUCUUUGUCUGGUGGGUGGUAUAUAUCAGUCACCGGAUACAAGAUAACAUUGGUUACGCUUUCCACCCGGGCUCCAAGUAUGUAGUAGUUGUAUACUCAAGUUCUAGCUGUGUAUUUUGCACUUGUGGCAUAUUAUUGCAAUAUGUUUCAUGGAUCCAACAAUCAGGUUGCGCGCAGGAAUGCACACUACACCUACUACUACUAACUUGGUACUACGCUCUGUGAAGUGACGUUACGCGACAAGUUUGAUCACAUGGCGGCAGUGGCAAAGGGCCCUGG